GACACACAGUGCCUCCCUGGGCUUCUUGGCAUCACCCUUGAAGUUCACCGGAGAAAGCAGUGAGGUGGAGGAAUAGGUAAACUUUCCUUCCUAGUGGUCUUGAAUGUCUUUUACAGUACAUCCAUCAACUGUUAGCAUUUUCGUAAAGUCACAAAACAGAUAUUAAACUACUAUAGUUGAAUCUUUCACACCAUUGUCACCACAAUGGCUUCACAGCAGGCACCAGCAAAAGACCUUCAGACCAACAAUUUAGAGUUUACUCCAACUGAUAGUUCUGGUGUGCAGUGGGCAGAAGACAUCUCUAACUCACCAAGUGCUCAGCUAAACUUUUCCCCAAGUAACAAUGGCUGCUGGGCAACUCAGGAGCUGCAAAGUCUCUGGAAGAUGUUCAACUCCUGGUUGCAGCCAGAAAAGCAGACUAAGGAGCAGAUGAUUUCUCAACUGGUCUUGGAGCAGUUUCUCCUCACUGGGCACUGCAAGGACAAGUAUGCUUUGACAGAGAAGUGGAAAGCCAGUGGUAGCGAUAUGAGGAGAUUCAUGGAGAGUCUGACUGAUGAGUGCUUGAAGCCUCCUGUCAUGGUCCAUGUUUCAAUGCAAGGACAAGAAGCCCUCUUUUCUGAAAACAUGCCAUUAAAAGAAGUCAUCAAGCUUUUGAAACAACAGCAAUCUGCAACAAGGCCAACACCAGAUAAUGAGCAGAUGCCAGUAGACACCACACAAGAUAGAUUAUUGGCCACAGGACAAGAAAACAGUGAAAAUGAAUGCAACAACUCUUGUAAUGCUACUGAAGCAAAUGUUGGUGAAAGCUGUAGUGGAAAUGAAAUGGACUCCCUUCUUAUUAUCCAGAAAGAACAGCACCCUGAGCAUGAAGAGGGGAAUGUUGUUUGUCAAUUCCCUCAUGGUGCCAGAAGAGCAAGUCAAGGCACCCCCAGUCAUCAUGUAGACUUCCCGAGUGCUCCGACUACUGCCGAUGUCCCCAUGGAGGAACAACCAAAGGAUUUAUCCAGAGAAAACAUCUCUGAGGACAAGAACAAUUGCUAUAACACUUCCAGAAAUGCAGCUACUCAAGUAUAUAGUGGUGAUAAUAUUCCCAGGAACAAGUCAGACUCCCUUUUCAUUAACAAGAGAAUAUAUCAUCCUGAGCCUGAGGUGGGAGAUAUUCCUUAUGGAGUUCCUCAGGAUUCUACAAGAGCAAGUCAAGGAACAUCUACAUGCCUGCAAGAGUCACUUGGGGAAUGUUUUUCUGAAAACGACCCAAGGGAGGUACCAGGGUUGCAGUCUAGGCAAGAGCAGCCUAUCUCUGAUCCUGUCCUUCUUGGUAAGAAUCAUGAGGCAAACUUACCAUGUGAAAGUCAUCAAAAGAGAUUCUGUAGAGAUGCCAAACUAUACAAGUGUGAAGAAUGUUCUAGGAUGUUCAAACAUGCCAGGAGCCUUUCAUCCCACCAGAGAACUCACCUGAAUAAGAAGAGUGAAUUGCUUUGUGUCACCUGUCAGAAAAUGUUCAAACGAGUCUCUGACCGCCGCACCCAUGAGAUCAUACACAUGCCAGAAAAGCCUUUCAAGUGCAGCACAUGUGAAAAGUCCUUCAGCCACAAGACCAACCUGAAGUCUCAUGAGAUGAUUCACACAGGAGAAAUGCCUUAUGUCUGUUCCCUAUGUAGCCGUCGCUUUCGCCAAUCAUCCACUUACCAUCGUCACCUGAGGAAUUACCACAGAUCUGACUGAACUAUCUAACAUCCUCAGCAGAGACUGGUAGGGCUUCAGCCUCAGUAUGUCAUCUUCAAAGAGAGAAGAAUGUUGCAAGUAAAUUGUACUGUCCCAAUAAUGAUAUAACAUGCUUGUGGAUUGCCACUUUUAUGUUUUGUUUUGUUUUUUAUUUUGUGUGUGUGUGUAUGUAAUUUUUUGUCUGUAUUUCCAUAUUUCCACAGCAUAAGUUAUUAGAAUACUUUGCUGUUAAUUCUUGAGUUGCUUCUUGCUUUUAGACAGUGUCUUUCUGGUUGGCAGCUUUAUAAACCUGUCUUUCUGGCACUAGAGUUUCCAAACAUUUUCUGAUCUCCACUUUUAUUCUCUACAGUGUUCUUGACAGAAGCCUGGCAUUCCCUCUGACAUUUUCUACAUGUUGGGGUUUUCAUCCCAAGUCUUAGGGUUGCAAGUUAAAUGCAUUGCCUCUUCAGACAUCUCAUGCCAUGUCUACUGCUUACAGUUCAAGAAUAUUUCUCUACAUUACUAGAACGACGUUCAAAGUGGAAUAAUAAAUAAAUAAAUAAUCAACAAUU